AUGUCGGCCGAAGCAGACGUCAAGCUCCAGGACUUCAAGAACAUCUUCUCUCUCGACGGGAAGGUUAGUAGCUCUUCAGAUGGUUCCAAUGCUCACGACUAGCAAUGCUGACACGUAGUGUAAUACCAGGUAGCAGUCGUCACCGGAGGCUCACGAGGUCUCGGUCUCCACGCAGCAUCGGGGUAAAGCACCAAUCCCACAACCCUCACAUCCCACGCAUCCAUUAACCCCACGACACCAGCCUCGCCCAAGCCGGCUGCAGCAAGAUCUUCAUCACCUCACGCAAAGCCCAAGCCUGCGAAGAAGCCGUUGCCGCCCUCAACGCCCUCCCGGGCAUCAACUGCAAAGCCUACUCCGUCCCCGCCGACAUCGCCAAACCGGGCGAAGUCGAACGCCUCGUCAAAGAAGUCUCCAAACACACCGAACAUGUAGACAUCCUCUUCGCGAACGCGGGAGCUACAUGGGGGGAAGAGUUCGAUAAACACCCCGAGAGCGCUUUUCAGAAAGUCAUGGAUCUGAACGUCAAGAGUGUGUUUGUUUGUGCACAGAAGUGAGUCCCAUACACAUACACACUACAUCAAUGCAAUACCCUAGAAGGAGCGUGUUGGUCGUUUCUGGCAGCAAGGCUAAUGACGAGAAAUCAUCAUCCACAAACAGAUUCGCCCCCCUCCUCCGCAACCGCGGCACCAUCCAAGACCCCUCCCGCCUCAUCGUCACGGCCUCCAUCGCCGGCAUGGGCGUCGGCACCCUCGGCAAGCAAGCCACCUUCGGCUACUCCGCCUCCAAAGCCGCCGUUCUCCACCUCACGCGGAACCUGGCCCUCGAACUCGGCCCCCAGGGCAUCCUCUGCAACAGCAUCUCCCCGGGCUUCUUCCCCACCAAGAUGGCAAACGGCCUCAUGGAGAUGAGCGGGGGCGUCGACGUGCUGGCGGAUUUCAGCCCGAAUAAGCGCCUGGGCGCGCCCGAGGAUAUCGCGGCUGCCGUGGUGUAUCUGUGCAGUCGAGCCGGGUCGCAUAUGAAUGGGGGGAAUGUGGUUUUGGAUGGCGGGAGUGUGUUGCAGGCGAAGUUGUAG